GCCUUUACUGGCUCUGUUAUUUCAAGUGAAAUAUCUUUAUUGAUAGUUGCAACUAUCAUAGUUUUUCCGUCGGCAUGGCACUGUUGAUGCUAUCGCGCGUUCGUUAAUUUUCGUGCUUAAGGGAUUUGUUAAUUCGCAGUCAAAAUUACAGCAGCAACGCUGGACGGUCACAUGGCGCUGGGUCUCAGCUCCGGACUGUGUUCCGGGAUAAGUUCUGGACCACAUUCGGAUACUUCAUCCUCGCCAGGAGUCAGUGUUCCCAUCCCGGUAGCUCCAGCGCCUAUUUUACCGAGCGCAAUGUUCGCUCUUCCGACGCUUAACUUCACGGUGUCACAAGUGGCUGCGGUGUGUGAAACUUUAGAAGAAUCCGGUGAUAUCGAACGAUUGGCGAGGUUCCUUUGGUCCUUACCGGUCGCCCAUCCUAAUAUUGGUGAACUGAACCGAAAUGAGGCUGUGUUACGGGCUAGAGCCAUAGUGUCUUUUCAUAGUGGUAAUUUUAGAGACCUUUAUUCGAUAUUAGAAACUCAUAAGUUCACGAAAGGUUCCCACGGAAAGUUGCAAGCGAUGUGGUUGGAGGCGCAUUAUCAGGAAGCGGAGAAACUUAGGGGAAGGGCUUUGGGGCCCGUAGAUAAAUAUCGGGUGCGGAAAAAAUUCCCGUUACCGCGGACUAUUUGGGACGGGGAACAAAAGACUCAUUGUUUUAAAGAAAGGACUAGAUCGUUAUUGCGAGAAUGGUAUUUGCAGGAUCCGUAUCCUAAUCCAACGAAAAAAAGGGAGUUAGCCCAGGCGACGGGAUUAACUCCGACACAAGUGGGAAACUGGUUUAAAAAUAGACGACAGAGGGAUAGGGCGGCAGCUGCAAAAAAUAGAAUGCAGCAGCAACAACUAGCGGCCCAACUGGCGCAUCACGGUGGAGACCGACGUGCGCCCCUGAGUCCUGCGCCCUCUGAUAGUGAUUCUGAUAUUUCACUUGGGGCGCAUUCACCGAUAAGUUCCCCAGGGCCUUUAAGGUUAGGACCCUCUAGUCCUAAUCCAAUAACCUCAUUUAGGUUUGGCCCUCAUUCACCGGGACCGAUGCCGGCCCAGUUUAGAUUUGGAGGUACCCACACAUCGCCCAAUUACAGGCUGGACCGACAGUCACCCACACCCCCAAAUUUCCGGCUGGAUCGGUCAAACUCGAAGUUGGAUUCCGAAUCCCCGCCGAUGACCGUCGACUCCGGAUCGUCGAACUACGCCGAUGCGAUAAAUUUGAGGCUGUCGGCCAACGAGAGCCCGAUCGAUGUCGACUCAAACAACGACUUUAACGGAAGCUCGGAAGUCAGGGAAAAUAUAAACGGAAACAGCCCAGUCCGAUUGGACCGUUCACCACCUCAAACAACGUUGGACCACUCGCCACCUAUAAACCUGAGUAGUCUAAGAAGUCCUCCCAACUCCGAUAACCCUAAAAUCGAAGCACCCUUACCACUUCGGCUGACAACUUCAAAUCAAUUAUCAACGCCACAGAUGACAACCCCACUUAGGGUUCAAAUUAACUCGCACGUCAACCGAAUGAUGACAGUUCCUUCACCGCAUACUCAACUGUUUAACCAUCAUCAUAAUAGUGGUAUCGUCAGGAUAGCCAAUCAGAACUCACAGAGCACUGGACCUGUGUUACAUAGACCUUAUUCCCCGCCGAGGCUAACGUGAUAUUCAGCCGUAGAUUGGGAAGACAGUGCGUAGAAUCACGAUUUGUCAAUUUCUGUUAAUGGUGUAUAGUAUUUGUCGGUCAAGUGUUAGUAGAAAGAGAUUGUAAAUUGCAAUAUCUUCUCACAUUUAAUUGAGUUAAGUCGUCUGGAAAGUAAAUGAUUUUUUCGUUUAUUUUUCUUUUGCACAAAAUGCUGUGUUAUUAAAAUAUUUAUCCGGAUUGAGCUUUAUCCAGCACAAAAGUUGAAUCUACAUGCAUAUUUGAGAUAAAAACUGAGCUUUUUUUUAUUUUGCAAAAUUUUACAUCUUACAUUUAAAACAAAUAUAUCGUUAAAAUUAAAUAAAGGUUUAAAUACUUAGAGGAUAUACAAGAAAAGCAACUAAUCAUUUGAAAAUAAAAAAAUUGAAUUUUUACCAAAAUUAUUUAAAUACUUCAUCAUUUAUAAUCUAUUUUAUUGGGAUGUAUUUUAUUAAGUUGCUAAUAGAUGGCAACAGGCUUAUUUAAAUAGGCCAAAACGAGAAUACGAAAUAGCUAUUUGUUUCUUGACCAACUUACAAACUAUUCAUUCGAUAAAUACAAAAUUUAGUUAGAUAUGGUUAUCAGUAAGAAUUUUGAUGCUAUAUUAUUUACAAGGCGUUGCAAAUUAGUGGUUAACACGGUGUGGGGACACUUUUCGUAUUUUUGUUUUUUUUUUCAAUUUUUGCGUUGCUGGUAAUUUUUUAAAUUUACUUUUCUAAAUAUCUCCGAUAUCUUCUGAGAAAUCUGCUGGAUGCAUGGAUUCUUAGGGCAGAUGUCAACGGACUUGUAUUAUUUAAGAUCAUGGUAAUUUUUUGAUCAAGUAUUUUUAAGUAAAGUUAUGGCUUGACAUAUCUUUUUAACUCUGGCAAAUGUUUAAUUCCAAGCUUGCUUCUGAAAAUAUUUUAAUUAGCCAAUAAAAUCUAGCAUCUAAAUGAAACUUUGCUAGGCAUAGUAGCCUCUUGAUAAGUUUUUUUUUGUGAGUUUUUCUUUUGAGAAAAGUUAUCCUCCAGUAGGUUUUGUUUCCUCCAGCGAUCUUGUGCAGGGCACUCAAAGGAUAUAUGAGAGCGUCAUUCAUCGUCCUCUUUGCAAAGUCUACAGAAACGUUUUUUAUGGAAUAGUCCUACUGUGUCUCGGUGUGCAGUACGCAGUGAGUAGUCCUGUCACUAUUCUGAGUUGGCUUCUGCUGAACUUUAGGACCUCACAGGUAGAAGUGGCUAAUGAACCUUUCAAAAUUAUUUUGCUAUAAUUUAGCCCCGGUAGUUGGUUUCAGUGGUUUUCUUGAUUCUCUUUAGUCCACUUUUUAAGAAAAAUACAGGGCCUGUGAUGGCUUUUCAGGUUUUCGGCUUGCUAAGACAUCUGCUUUUUCAUUGCUUUCAUUGUAUAUCCUGGCACCCAGGCAAGGCUUAUCCUGUUUCGGUUUGCUAUACUGGAGAGAUGUUGUAAACAGUUCUAGACUUCUUUGGAGCUGGCCUUUAUUGAAGGUUGACUAUCUAUAAAGAAUGUUAUGUCUUUACUGACAUAGCUUCUUCUCAAGUUUUCCUAUAGGCACAUCUCUAGGAUAUGAAUUUCUGCUUGGAAUAUUGUGGUAGGUUGACGUUUGGGUUAAGACCAUUUAUUCUUGCGCCUGUCCCACUAUCCAUCUUUGAUCCGUCAGUCUAGCAUACUAAUUUAUCGUUUUGAAUUAGUGACUGUGUCGUUUUAUCAUCCCAGUUUAGCUGGAUUAGGAAUGAUUUAUUCACAUUGAUUUUGGUCGUCAUAGUGGUACUGCUCAUCUCUCUAAGAGUGAAUUUUGUGAUUGUGUUUGUUUUUCUUUGACUUGUGGUGUGUUUUUCAUACCAUUACACUGAAGUCUAUAUGACCUCAUAUCUCUCUUCUCAAACCGAAAAUACAGUCUCUAUUCUGUGUUAGAUAAAUUGUUUAAAUUAAUGCCAUAGAUAUUGGCUCUUAUUGGUUUAUUUUAUUAAUAGGUGGAUUAAUUAUUUCUAACAUCAUCUUAGUCGCUAUCAGAGCUGGAGGAUUCUAGGGCUGCAAAAUCCUUAAUCAUAUGAACUGAAUCAUGUAACUUAAUGAAUACAGUGAAAAUGAAGUUCUUGGAAAUAAAGCUUUUUGCUAUUGUUAGGUUAAAGGUAAACGUAUCAGCGGCUAAGAUAACGUUUAUAUCUAUGUUAACCGUCAAAACAAAUGCAUCUUCGAAAACUGCCUUUUCUUUCUUUGACAUUCGUAGACUCUCUCUCUCUUUUCGUUAGGGGUCUUGUCAUUCAACAAUUUACCCAAUAUAGCGGGUUAGGCCGCGGCGGAUUCUAGCCUCUUUCUUGAUAAUGAAACCGCGUGAUUGGAGGGUUAGCAGCAGAUGAGGUGCUACCUAUUGAUGCUGUAUGUUGCGCCGUAGGUUAAUUUGGUUAUUACUUCAGUAGUAUACAGCUAUUGUUUUAUGUGAAGUGAGAAUCCCUAAGUCUUUCCUACUGCUUGUUUGGUGUCCAUCAGCGUAAUUCUGCUUUUGUUUAUUGCGUAUUCAAUAUGACUUCAGGUUAGUUUUGCGUCAAGAAGAACACGUAAGUAUUUAAUUUCUCGGGCAAUUGCAGCGUUUAUAGGAGUAUUGAUGCCGAUUCUUGAAGACAAUUUUUAACCCUUGUUGUUGUUCCACAUAAAUGUUUUGGCUAUUUAUAUUGGUACGUAUAGCUUUGUACUCUUCCAAUAAAUUCAUCAGCAGAUAGGUAUUUAUUCCUGAGCUUCAAACAUUACUGAUAAUCAUGGUUUUAUUUUUGAUAUAUUAAUAUUUAGUAGAUAAGAUAAUCCUUUGCAAACCUUUUAAACCUUGGCAUAAUUUUGGCAUAAACAAUUAAUAAAUGAUUAGUAGCUCUUUCAGUUCACUAACGGCAUCAUAGAGAAAAGGCCUGAAAAAUAUUACUACUAAUUAGGUUUGUUUAUUAGGGAAAUUAAACUAAGAAGCGGAUGUUGAUAUAUAUAUAAAACUGUAAGCAUACAGGAUAGUCUUAAACCAAUUAUACGGAAUUUAUGACUUAAUCCUGCAGUAACUACUAGUUAUAUUAAGUAAUUAAAAUUUUUAAAACGACGCGUCAAUUCCUCCAUAAUAAACUUGUGAGAAUUGACGUUGACGACCUUGUUGCAAUAUUGUAUAUAUACGCUUUUUAAUACUAAAUGUAGAUAUGAUAUAUAUACAUAAGUUUACGUGAGGUAUGUAAAAAUAUGCAUGAUUUAAAAGAUCGAUUAUUGUGUUUUUUUCUGAUUUUUGGCUGUUACCGUAAAAUAAUUUUUUUACCAAAAAUACUAUUGUUUUUAAAUUGCAAAAAUUAGAUGCAUUUUUAAGUUAUUCGUAAAAAUAAAUAUUUUGAUUUGUUUGCGCCAAAUGGGGUACAUAAAGAAUGAAGUUGAUAAACUUCAGUAUUAAAAAAUAUUUUUUAUUAGGAAAGGUGGUUUCUUAUAGAGAAAAGUUUUCUCUAAGGCUAAGAGGUCAUCGGGUAGCAGAAAUGUAGUCACAUCAUUUCCAAACUUUGAGAUGCUUCUAGAAGGUACUGCAUCGUAUUUACAUACCAUCUCUUUUUCUUUAGACACUGUAAAACCCAUGCAAUAAUACGCAACAGAAAAUUAUAGGUGAAGUUGAAGAAAGAACGGCAAUACUUAACCGAUUUCCUAAUUGCGAAUAUUGGGAAUACUAUAUGUCAUGGUAAGAAUUGCUUAACAAACUAAUCUACGUUCAAUUUGGGACAAACCCCUUGUUAGUGGAUGAAGAUUAGGAGAAACGCUAUCGUUCUCUUUUUAACUUGUAACUUAGAUUUAUUACUGCUUGAUAAAAUAAUAUUAGAUCGCUGAGUCUUUAUAUUGCGUUUAUCUAGGAGUUUUUCUGUUCGUAAAAAUUUCGGAUUUCGUAUGCGAGAUUAAGCGACUAAAUUCUUGUGACGUUUUUUCCAAACACGCAUAGUUAGAAGUUACUUAUAAAAUGCCAAUUUCUACGCAUGGAUUUAUGAUGAUGCAACGGUAAUAGUCAACGUCUAGAAAUCAACUAAGUUUAUUUGCAUAUAAGUGUUCAAGAUGGUUGCGUUACAUGCAUUUGUACCAAUGUUCUUAAUAAAUUUUUGAAUUACUUGAAAACAGACAGAAGCAAGGCAAGAGGCAAUAAUUGAAAAAGUACUUCUACUCAGUAUUCAUAAAGAAACAAGCGAAUAGGAAAAAAUCAAACAAGACAAUAUAAAAAAAUUAUCUUUAAAGCAACUAAGAAUAUAAAAGAUGCCCUGCGAUUAAUAAAAGGUUUCAAACAAACAUUGCUGAUACCAUGUUCAGGUGGUCACGUAUACACAGUAAGCAUAAGCCAAAUAGAACAAAUUCCAUAAUAAAUAAAUAGGGACAUUUUCGAAAAAAUGCUCAGAUAUAUUGAUGGGUAUUUUUACUUCUAUUUUUUUCAUCAAAAUAAUUUUUUUUGCGUUUAAAUGUGACACCCUGUAUAUUACUCAAUUUUUAGAUAUUUUAGACAUACUUCACGUACAAUGUCCUAUACCAAUUUUUAAAAACUGUUUCGGAGAUAUUAAGUGAGGAGCAGACUUGCAAAAUGCGGUUUGUCCAAAAUUGUAAAUUUUCAGGAAACAUGAAAAACUGGUGCUACGAAUCGGUCUUACUUACCGAGUUAGAACUUACCAAAAAAAAAUAGGAAAAUUUAGGAUAAGUAAAUACUAGAAUCGCAGACUAGAAAAAGCAAUAGUAACUUUGGUAUUUUAGAAAAACAUAUGGACAAAAUGCUAUUUGCAUGUCUAUAGUGGACAAAAUGCCUUUUGAUUGUCAUUUGGAAAAAUUUUUUGGGUAAAAUUACCACCAAAAAAUGAAGAACCGUUUUCUUUAAGCAGUAUUUUUAUUUUUUAACAACCUCAAAUGAAAUGAACAUCUUCCGUAUCGUUACAGUCACAGUCCUCACUUUCUUCAACAUUGGUUUCAACCUCACACUGGCCUUCUAAAAUUGGAACUAACCAUUCCAAUUCUGGAUUCUGAUUCCAGUUUUCUCCAGACAAUGAUGCCAAUAUUUUUUUUAAACUAUCUACUUUUUUUCCUUUUAUUUUAUGACCCAAACCUAGUUCCUGUAAUUCUAUUUGAUCGAAUCUUGCUCGUGGUUUUAGCAGUAAUUGAAACUUUUUUGUCUCAUCUGAAUUGCGAUAUAGUAACUCAGUUUUCAGCAAAAUAUUAUGGGUGGAACUUUUUUUCUUUAACAAAAGUCUUCGACAAGAAUGAAUGCCAGUCACUUUUUUCAGAUGCAGCGAAAGCUUUUUUAUGUCAAGUAAAUGUCAGUCAAUUCCAAGUUUUUGUACACUACCCACUUUGGUGUAGAUAUCCCAAUAUUGAUCUGGAGUUUUUUUAUAAUACUAUGAGACCUUAAGCUUUUUUCAAUGCGUCCAAAGAUACGAUCGGCGGGGAGAUAAGAGUGACCUCUAAUUGGAAAUAUAAUUUCUACGUCCCUAAUCUGCUCACAUGAAAACGUUUGAAGCCAAAACAUUAAAGCAUGCACAACAUGAUUAUUUUUAUUCUGCAAAAAAAAACGGUUGCAUUGUCUGGAAAUGUAAGUUUUUUCAAAAAAUCGAUAAGAUAUCUCAGUCGCCCCUCUACCUGCUUGGUACUCCAUCCACGAAUAGAAUACUGGGUCUUUACAAUUAAGUUUGGUAAUGCAAAAAAAGUAUAUUGACAGCUGUUGGGCGUAAAAUGCCUCCUGAAUAGGGACCUUGGGUAAUACCUUAACUUGUUGCAGAUCAAAGCAAUAUGAAAUGGUAUUGGGAUCUUCAACUUUCAUUAAUUUAUGAAAUUGUGAUGCACGGAAUUUACGCACUUUUAGUUCAGUAGAUAACUUUUGUUUUUGUGUAGCAAUUUGAGAUAUACCAAUUUUGGUUUGUGUUCUAACGCAGUACCUACAGAGAUCAGUAGCGGGACUACCGAAUCUAUAUUAAAGUAUUUACUAAACACCAUUGUUUGGUGCUUUUUUGUUAUAUAAUUGCCAAAGUAUAGAAAUGUUGUAUUCUGAUGAUACAUAAAUCCGUCGAGACUUUUUUCUUCCAUAGUGGCUUUCCUUUCCUUGUAACUGACUAAUAAAAGAUCUUACAGCACUCAGUUUUUCCACAAACUUAAAAGUGCGUCUAUCCCCUCCCCUUUUUUCUGUUAAAACUGUUUCCACAUUUUGCACUUUCCUGCAAAUGGUAUUCACCCUCCUCUGACCAACAUUGUAAACAGCCAUUAUAAACUUCUGACAAACCUGCAAUUUUUGUUGCUUAACGAAAACCUAAAAAAAAUUUGGUGAAACAUUCAAACUAAAAAAAUAUUUAAUUUUAAUAGGUAAAAAAAAUUCAAAUCCAUAUUUUUUUUAAUUAACAAUAAAUGUAUAUAACAGCGUGGGGAUUUGAGCACUUUUAGUUUAACUUACGGAAUAUUUUACUGCAAAAGAGGGAGGUUUCCAUCAGCCUUGCGACACCUUUUUCGUUUAGGUAUAUCUAAAGUAAUGUAGCUGUACUGUAACUGGCUAAAAUUCCAUCUUGAAUGGUUUUAUUGGAUUUUCUAUAAAAAAACUUCCCGAAGUUUAAUUACAUCUUCUCGACUCACUUGCUGACAUUUUAAAUUUGAAUCAUUUUUAUGGUUGCAAGCUAUAUCAAAUUGCUCUAAAUCGGGAUCAUGGUUUGAAUAGUAUAAAGUCGUAACAAAAAGAAAUAAGUAUUAAAAAAUAAAUCCAUACCUCACUUGUUUUUUUCUUUCCCUAGUUGUUAAAUUAAUUUGUCGCUUUCGGCUACCCCGGUUACUAUCACCAACAAUGUGCUCACCAUCUACAGACUCCAUUGUGAUUUAAACUUCACGAAAAAGUUAUGAAACAAACACAAAAUACUUAUAAAUAAACUAAAACCACACCGACAGAAAUUAGGUUAUGAAAUUAGAUAACAAACAUGUUUACAUCUGGAUCAAACGCGAUUUGUUUUGUCUUGUUGUCAAAAUACUUUUUGUUUGUCUAAAGGUGAUUGACUAAAUGCAUUUUGCAUGUCUAGGGGAUUUUCGCAAUAUAUUUUAAAUGGUACAAAAUUCGAUUUGAACGUCCAAAGUGAUGUGAAAUGAUAGAAAUUCGGUUAAAUAAUGUUGCGCCACCUUUAGUUCAAAAUGUGAAAAUUUGGACAAACUGCGUUUUGAAACUCUGCUCCUCAAGUGUUUUUUGAUUUAUUGCAAAAAUUAACAUAAAAACAAAGAAAAUAUUUGGUUACAUAAAUUUGCUACAACACAUUUGAAAACUAAUUAGUAAUACUAUUUACCUCUCAACCACACAACAAAAAACAUUAGUAUUAAUGGACGAGGUGUUCAAUAUGGUCGCAACGAACGUCCUGACAACAUCCUAAUUCUAAAUAUAAAUUCCUUCUGAGGUUACUCACUCAAUAUCUCAGGCGUGACCGAACUAAUCGCAACUGUUAUUCAUCAUUCUAAGUCACCUAAGUCAAGGGGUUAAGUUUUUGUUAUAAAAAGAUAGUUUUUUUAUAUAAAAUUUACUCAUACCCACAUAUUUUAUCAUAACACUGUCUCUCAUAUGAAAUAGACUCUAUUUUAUUCUAUUGCGACGACCCCACCGACCGAGUGAGAAAUUACAUUAGGACGAAUCGUCACGCCGCUGUCUCUUUACAGUCAGAUUUAUACCUCUAGUUUUAAUAAAUUGGUGUCAAUCAAGAAAACUGUCUAUCUGUAAAUUACGCAACAGUUUUGUUAAAAAAAGUCUAAUGAUGUUAGAUUAGGAGAUCGUGCUGGCCAUUCCAUCGGUUCUCGUCUCCCUAUCCACCGAUUUGGAAAUAUUCGGUUGAGGUACUGCCAGACAUUGAUUUGGUAAUAAGUGAGUGCUCCUUCUUGAUGAAACCAUAUGAUAUCAGCUGGAUCUUAUGGGUUUUCUGGCUCAGGAUAUAAGUUUGUCAAAGCUGGCAUGACAUUAUUUUGAAACAGUUUUAAAUAAUUAUCAACAUUCAUUGCCAUUGACGAACAAGACCUAUGACAUGAUCUCCAACAACAACUCCUGCCCACACAUUGACCUUUUUAGAGUAUUAGGUAUGUGAUUCUCUCAUCUAGUGAGGAUUUUCUAGGAUUUACCAGUAGCGUUACAAAAGUUACAAAAUAUGCUCUGAUGGGAUCUCAUUGCUAUCUACUAACUGUAACUUUCUCAUCAUUUGUUCACAAAAAUCCGUUCUCCUGAUAAAAUCGUCUUCCAUGGGUUCUAGUUGGUAUUUAUAGGAAUGCAUUUUAUUUUCUUUCAAUGUACGAAUAAUCAUUGAAUGGCAAUUUGGUAACAUCACUUAUUGCAUUUACAGCUGUUUUCUUAAUAUGCCUUACAUAUCCAAACUCGCAAAACUGCUUUUCUCUUCUACUAAUUGUCUCUUAGGAAAAUUGUUAUGGAAUAACAUUUGUGUCUGUCUAUUAUCUCAAUAACCAAUCAUCUGUAGAAUUAUUAUUUUAUGCAUUUCUAUUAAAUCAACCAUUCUUCUGAUAAACAGUUACCGAAAUUCAAAGACUAUGACUAAAUGAUACUAAUAACUAUUGCUGACCUGAAAAAGACAAUUUUAUUUAUAUUUUUUUAAUUUCAUAUUAAUAAGACGGUAUAUUGAAAUGAUGUAUGUUUACUUUCCCAUUAUUAAAACUGAAAUGAGAAACAAGUAUUGACUGUGUUGUAACGAAUUUUUGCAAUAAAUCAGAAAACACUUAAUAUCUCUGAAAUAGUUGAAAAUUAAUAUAGGACAUUGUACAUAAAACAUAUCGAGAAUAUUCCCAAGAAUCCAAAAGUUGGGUAAUAUACAAUGUGUCGCAUUAGAAAGUUGUUAUUAGCCACUUAUAUAUUAACAUGCAAUAAAGAGAAAAAAAAAGAAAGACAACGAUUCUCCCAGUUCCCUAUCUACUAACUUGAAUUCGAGCUAAAUUGAAUGUAGAAGACCGGCAUUGCAUUUCUGCUCUCAGCAGUGCAAAAUAAAGUAAUAAUUGGUGAAGUAUUGUCAUUCUUUUAAGCCUUAUCUUAAAAAGGCAGACAGACUAGCAAACUCUGGAGCCGAAAAGAUUAUAUCCAGAACCAGGGUGUACAUUACUGUACACAAUACUCUACCCAUUAUACAUGGAUGUGUCUGCAUCCAAAAAAGAAAUGUACCAGUGGUGUAUAGCAACUGCUUUUAACUCCUGAGAUGGUAGCACCUCGAUGCAAAUAAACAGUUUUCGCUGUGUGAUAGUCUGUACGCCCUACAGAAACUUUUCUCGUUAAGAGGUCAAGGGAUUAAUAAAUCUAUUGACAUAAAAUGUACUCAAACUUACGUCAAUGCUACCAGCGGUAUUUUUCAUAACUAGUACCUUUAUUUGGGCUUACUCUUGUCAAAAAUAUAUCUAAUAUGUAAAAAUAUAGCAAUAAAUUAAUAUUAAACUGGCAAUACAAUCAAAUUUCAAUAAAUAUAAUUUAGAAAAAAGUGCCGAAUCAAGUUUGCAAAAUAGGUACUAGUUAUUAUUUUACCUUUUUAUCUGAGAAUUAAAAAUAAAGAAAAAUGUUAAUAUAAUAAUAUAAAGUCAAAUUAUAUGUAUAAAAAAUGACAAGUACACCAAGUGUAUAAAAAUAAGAUAUAUAUUUGCACAUAAUUGCGAAAUCAUAUGUUAUGUAAGCUAA